CUGUUACCAUAGCGACGUAUGUAAACAGGACUUAUCGGGAAGCUAGCAUGGAUGUAGGCCUAACUGCACUGUAAAUAAAUUAUUGGAAAAAUUAAAAAACGAAUCUGCUAAUUGUUAAGUUAUCUCAGUGCAAUGAAAUGGCAACUAAAGGACCGCAAGCCAGAAAAGAGAAAUUCAUCCCAAGGAAUAAGAAGAAUGUGACUCCAGCGGAACUGAAGAAAAUGGCACCCCAGCAGAAGGCCCGGUACCGAGCGUAUGAAGACCCCAGCAAGGAUGUGUUAAACUUGGUUAUGAACACCCAGCAGCGGCUGAGACAGCAUGCCACCAAAGAGCAUCAGGACCUCUACAUGAAAACCGCUGACCCAAAGGCAGACAUGGCAUUGGGGAAGCAGGAGAAACUGAUCGGCCAAUUGAAGGCCGCUGAAGCAAGGAAUAGGAUCCGGAUCAUGAGGCUGCGAUACCAGAGCAUGAGAGCUCAAGAAAUAAAUCAUCUGAUAGCAUGCCAGUCAACAGCACAGAAGUCAGUUCGGCUAGAGCUACUACUCCCACCCAGGCUAGACACAGAUAACCCAGGAGACUCCCUGGAUAAAAUGGAGAGGACAAGAGUUGAAGAGAUUCUGGAGGACGAAAGGGGUCUCACUGUAAUUAGAACCUAAUAAAGUGUGUUUGUGUGACAUAUAGUUCUUGAUUGACCUCUUGCAUAACCAGGUAUACAAGCUGCAGACAAAUAGCAUUCACUUUCUUCGAUAAUGUACUGACAGUGAACUCUCUUUACUAAUUAUCUGUGUAGCCCAAGUGGUGACGUUAUCUGAAAUUUGCAUAGCUAUUUUUUCCCGUUAUCCUGUCUUCAAACCAUGUAACACUUUCUAACACCUUUAAUAAGCCAGUGUGCCCUAUUCAGAUGGUGUGAGUGUGUCUUUUUAUAUUAUACAUUUAUCCCACCAAAAAAUAAGUAUAACUAGAAGUGGGAGUUUUUAUGAGCAAAUACUAAGCAUCCCUGCUAACAUAGAUUAAGGGUAAUGUCAUUUCAGAUUUGUAAACAAGAAGUAAAAAAUGUGAAAAAGAUCAGUGAUAUGUCCAGAGCAGUGAAAAUGUAAUUUUUACUGGACAUCACCAGUAAUUGAACUUCAUUAAGAGAAUCAUAGGAUACAAUUAUGCACCUACUAUAAAGACUGCCAAAGCAUGUGGUCUGUAUCAUUGAUAUGUUCAGAGGUUAAAACAAUGUAGCAGUGAAAGGGUUAACUUUUACGUAAUGGAACUAAGAAAACUGAACAGUAAACUAAACAUUAAGACAACAACUUAGUGUACAGACUCUGUAAACAAGAAACUUAAAGUCACAUGACCUCAUUUUGGCAACACGUUUGGGUCCGGGCAAAAAGGUGGAUAAAAGAAGAUUCCAAGAGGUGUUGUUAGGCAGUUUUUUUUUUUUUUUUUUUUCUGCAUUAAGACUCCUCUGUGCAUUGCUGUGAAAUUACAGCACAAGUAGGUGGUUGUGGCUCUGGGCUUUUCAUUGUGUCUAACAAAUAACCUAGCAGAGUAGUAUUGCUUUUUCACAAAUGCACACUUUGGCACAUCUUAUUUUUACAUCAACACAAUUUAAAAGUAUUGGAAGAAUAUUUCUAACCACCAGAAUGAAAAUGUUUUGUGCUUUCAAAAGCACCCCCUUGUAAAUGAAGCCUCGGUAUCAAUGGGUAAGUCUCCUGGUUAAAUAAACAAAUACAUCAAUGAAAGCCUCAGUAGAUUGCCAUGCAAUGGUUGAGAUCUACUGAUAUGAAAUAUAAAAACUGCCAGGUUUUAGAAAAUAAUCUAGCAUGUGUUAUUUUUAAUAACAAUGUGUCCAGAGUGUGAAACUGGCAUUAAUGCGAGUGUAAUGGCCAAGAAUUAAUAGAGCUGUGGAGUUCCUUUAAAGCCUUUCCUUGAUUGGUGCUGUCCAGUAUUACUAUUCUCAAGUGCAUACUCAAUCUAGCAUGUACUUCUAUAGCACAGCUCUCACUGAGCAGCACAUGCAGUAAACAUCUCCAAGGUAGUGGAAAUCAAACAAUGUGGUGAAUGCUGCAUUUAGAAUCCUUUACAGACUGUUCCUGUUACUGAGAUCUGAACAAAACCUACCUUCAGAGAGAGGACACUGCACAACAUACUGUACUUAUUGACUAAGGUUUUUCACAAUAGGAUUUUGAAAAACAGCAGAUCUAUCCACCUUUAGUAUGGCUGCAGGUUCUAAGCAGAGAAACACAAAACACAUUAUGGCAGACUAUUGCUCAGCUCAUUCUGUCACGUUAGCUUGGUGUAGGAGUCUAGAUGUGAUGAUGUACCAUAAUGUAAUCAGACAAUGCCAUUUGUGACCAGCCUGGCACAUU